UUUCAUUGUUCUGGCGCCAUUUGAAAUUUACCGAAAGUUUGUUUUUCUCUAUAUAUAAAAAUAGAGUCUGCACACAUCAACAAUCAUUUGAAUUUGAAUUUGGAUUCGGAUCGUGUGUUGUUUGCACGGUGUUUUGCAAAGAAACACCAAAAAUGUUUUUCAAUCGUUGAUUUUGUUUUUUUGAAUCGAAUUUCAAAUUUGUUUCAUUGGUCAUUGCCACUGUGUUUCUUUUUUUUUGGGUUCUGUGUUUGGGCGCCAUUCACUACCAUUACUGUUGAUUGAAAAAGAUUUCAAAAAAAAUGCGACCAACAAUUGAAAAACGUUCGAAUGAUAAUAAUGAUGAUGGUGGUGGGGGUGAUGGUGGUAGAAAUCAAUCUUCACCACAGUCAUCAUCAUCAAAAUCUAGUAAAGAUUCAAUCGAUCCAUUAUCGAUGAAUACAAAUAAUCAUCAACAUCAUCAUCAAAAUAAAUCAUGGUUAAGAAAUCAAUUAUCAGCAUUAUUACCAUCAUCAUCAUCUAGUCCAUCAAAAUCAAUGUUUUUAAUCAAUAAUAAAACAAAUCUAGAUUAUCAUUCAAAUUCAUCUUGUAAAUCAUCAUCAUUAACAUCAUCAACAAUGUCAAUGAUAAUUACAAUUUUUAUUAUAAUCAUAAUAAUCAUAACAACAAUAUCAUUCAAUUCAUUUAAUCAUCUAAGGAAUCGUAUUGAUCAUUUGGAACAAAAAUAUUCAUUACUUGAAUCAACAAUCAUCAAUAAUAAUAAUUAUCAUUCAUCAUCAUCAUCAUCAUCAUCGAAUAAACCUGAAUUGAUAAAAUCAUCAAAUUUACCUGAUGAAACAUUCGAUCAAUUAUUAACAGAUAUAAUUGAUGAAUGGCAAUUAUAUAAUAAUAAUAAUAAACGACAAAAUAAUGAUUUUAUUAUUUCAUCAAAUUCAUAUGAUGAUGUUAAUGUUAGUGAUCAUAAUUCAAUCAAUGUCGACAAUGAUGAUGAUGAUUUGAAACCAAAUAUGAAAAAAUUUCAUAAUCGAUUUGAACAACUAAUACAAAUGAGUUUUCAACGAUUUUUAAACAAUUUACAAUCACCAAUGGCUAUACCAAAUGACGGCCAAAUUCAUCAAUCAUCAUCAUCAUCAUUACCGACAUCAUAUGAACAACAAAUUUAUCGUUUCCGUCGUGAAGCUAUUCUACCAUUAGGAUCCUCAUCAUCGAAUCAAAAUCCUAAUAAUCAAUAUGGUGGUGGUGGUGGUAGUGCCAAUGGUUUUUCACAAUGUAUUUGUCCGCCUGGUCCAAGAGGAAAACGUGGUAAACGUGGAUUACCCGGCGAACCGGGUAUUGUGGGAGCCAUGGGUAUUGAUGGUCCUAAAGGAGAACCGGGAGAAAAAGGUGACAAAGGUGAAAAAGGCGAAAGUGGCCUUGAUGUUAUUACUACUUCAAAGGGUGUCAAACGAUCAGUUACAAGAUUACGUGGUGGUACACUUGGUUAUGCUGAAUUAAUUGCCAUUAAGGGACUUGCUUCAAUGGGUCUAAUUGCUACUCCUCGUGAUAUACUUUUAAUGAAAGGAGAACCUGGACCAUCAGGUCCACCUGGUCCACCAGGACUUCCUGGUCCAACUGGUCUACCUGGAUUUGAUGGCCGUAUUGGAUUACCUGGUGAUCCUGGACCUCCUGGAAAUCCUGGUCCAAUGGGACCAAUAGGACCACCUGGACCAUUAGGUAAAGAUGGAUUACCUGGACCAAAGGGAGAAAAAGGUGAAAAAGGUGAACGAGGUUUAACAACAACAUUGGAUGGUAAUGCUUUUCCAACCGGAUUUAUUGAAGGACCAGCUGGUCCACCGGGACCACCAGGUCCUGCCGGUCCUCCCGGUCGUAAGGGCGAUAUUGGUCUACCUGGACCAGCCGGUGAACAUGGACAAAAAGGUGAAAAAGGUGAUCGUGGUAAACGUGGUAAAAGGGGUCCAAUGGGUCCAAAAGGUGAUCCUGGACCAACGGGUAAACCAGGUAAAAAAGGUAUCGGUGAAAAAGGCGAUAAAGGUGAUCAGGGUUUACCUGGAUUGGAUGCACCAUGUCCAUUGGGUGAAAAUGGUCUUCCAUUACCUGGUUGUGGUUCACGUAUAUCACAAGUAUGUUGUUAAAUUUCCAUUUUUUUGUCAAUUGCGAUUACUAAUGAUGAACCCAAUCAAUCAAUC